AUUUCUUUGCCAGCGCGCUGUAUCGGCCGCAUAGCUCUCGCUGGGCGACGUGAAGCCGGUUUGGUACAGCCCUGAUACCCCUCUAACCGCAGCGACGUGCGCCGUUGCUCACAAACCCGCAGAAACACUCACCCUCGGCUCGAGCUGUACUAGCAGCAUCCAGCGCAGCAGCGCAUCGGUGCCAGCAAUGGUGCAAACGCGGUCGAAGAGAGCCGCGGCAAAGCGCGUUUCGGCAGCCUACUGCUGGUGCGCCUACAUCACAGCACUCGCAGCGAUCACAGUUGUCGCAUUGGUGCUCGAGCCGCCGCCAUCGCUGCAAGGACGACCGCUACUGUUAGGCCUCGUUUACGACGUCGCCGCGACGCUUGUCGUCUACGCGUUCUCGCUCUUCGCGGACAACAGCAGCGUCUACGACCCGUACUGGUGCGUGCUACCGUUGUGGCUGCUGGCUUAUUGGCGGCACGAGGCGUCGAGCGACUCUGCGCGCGCCCUGAUAGUCAUGAACCUGGUGUGGGCAUGGGCGAUCCGUUUCUUCAUUGGAUACCCGUGGGAGGGAUGGACGACGGGGCUAUCGCACGAAGAUUGGCGUUAUAUCGAUCUGAGAAAAAAGCUCGGCAAGGGCUACUGGCCGUUCUCUCUAUCGAGCCUCCAUUUGACGCCGACUCUGCUGGUUUUUGGCGCGCUGGCGCCGGCUGGUGCAAUCAUUCUGCAGGGCGAGGCGCCGCCGCUGAACGUCGGAGACCUCGUCGCAUGCGUCGUGACGCUGGCGUUCCUCGUCCUAGAAGCUGUAUCUGACGCGACGCUGCGGCGGCACCGCGCCUCGGGUGCGAAGACCACAUGUGUCCGGGGCCCGUGGGCCUGGUCGCGCCACCCGAACUACCUCGGCGAGUGCGGCUUCUGGACGGGCAUCUAUCUGUUCGCGCGGGCCGCCGGAAUUGGCGACCUCUCGUACGCCGUCGGGCCGAUCACGCUCUGGCUGUUUUUUCGGUUCGCCUCGGCGCCGUUGAUGGAGGAGCGAUCCCGUGCCCGGCGAAAGGACUACGACGCCGUGUCGCCGUCCGCAAUACUUGUGCCGCUACCGCUCCUCUCGCGGAAGGCGAAGCGAAUGUGAGAAUGUGAUCUAUCUAAGAAUGUGGGACGGGUGUGCGGUCAAGCAGGCCCCACGGCGGCUUGGUGGCUAGGCGGCAUAGCUCUAAGCAAAGCAAUGUGAGUAACAAACACAUAGUGG